AGGUGCGCGGACGUGUGUCGGUCUUUGUCGUUUGUCCAGGCCGAUUAUUUGCGCAAGAAAACUUGUUAAAGAAAUUAAUAAUAAUAAGUUGCAAGCUGAAACAAAGUAGACCGCGCAGCCAGCAGUAAACAAUAUGCGGCGGCACGCCCUUUUGCGUUGCUUGUGUUUGUGGUUGCUGCAACAGCAGCCGGCGGCGGCAAUUUUACAAAACUUUAAUCCAAAUGUAUUAAAAAAAAAAAAUAUAUAACAAAAAAAAAAUAUUUGUGAAAAAUAGUGUUUUUUGUGUAUAAACUCAAUUUGUUGUGAUUCAGCAACAUUCCCCCCGAAACAAUUGUUCAAUAAUGUGCAACAGAAAAUAUUAGCAACAACAACAACAAAUACUACUACGGUACAAAUUACAAUCACACAACAAUAACUACAAAAACGGUAGCUAGAAGAAGAAGCAAAAGCAAAUUAACAACAUGAAGAUGGUCGACAAAUCAUCCAAAUUGGUGGAUAAAUUUGUUGCCAUCGGCGGCGGUGGAGGCGGAGGAUCUGGCGGUGGUAUUAAUAGCGGUGGUGGCGGAGGCGUCGUCAUGGGCGUCACUGGCUUAUCAAGCGGCAACACUACCACCUCAUUGGCAUCGGCUGCAGGAGGAUCAUCAGCAGCAACAGCAGGAACAUCAUCAUCAUUAUCUGGAAUUGGUUUGCAUGCUCCCGCUGGAGGAAUAUCAUCUAAUGGCCAAAAACCGGUGCCAAUGAAAUUAUUUGCCGCCUGGGAAGUGGAUCGUACCCCUCCCAAUUGUAUUCCAAGACUCUGUUCGUUGACAAUAACGCGUCUCUCCAUCCUGACACCGCUGCCCGGGGAUACCACCUCGUUGUCAUUGGCCGUUAAAAUGCAAAGCUCAAAACGCACUUUGCGUAGUCAUGAGAUUCCCAUUAAUGGCAGUGCACUCAAUUCCACAACAGCUGCCAAGGAGAGCGCCAUCUCUUCGUCCUCCAUGCAAGGCAAUUCGCCCUUAUCGAAUAUAGCUGCCGGCGGCUCAUUGCUAAUUGGUACUCCAGGAAAUGUUGGCAAUGCGGGCAUUGGCACCGGAACUGCUGGCACACUGCCUCUAACCGAAACCGAACUGGACUUGCACUUUAGUCUCCAGUAUCCACAUUUUAUCAAGAGAGAUGGCAAUAGACUGGUUAUUCUGCUGCAACGGCGCAAGAAAUAUAAAUCACGUACAAUUCUUGGCUAUAAGACCCUAGCUGAGGGCAUUAUACGGAUGGAUGCGGUGCUACAGAAGUCCAUGGACAUGAUUAUUGAGCUAACUGCAUCGGGUAAAAAUGGUCGACCCGGUACAGUGGUUGCCUGUUUGCGUGCGGAACGUGUAUCUUCCAUUCCAGUUGACCAUGACAAUAAGAAUAACAACAGUCUGCUGUUGGCAGAUCGUGUUGCUGAAUUCUCUGACGAGGACGAAGAGGCUGAAUUUAGUUCUGGUGAAUUUAACGACGAGGCCAACGAAUUGGGCAUUAUCCGUGCCUACGAUCCAAAGGGUGAUUAUAAUCCGGCCAAGCAUGAUAUGCGUAAAUAUCGUAAUAAAUUGCAAAGAUCUGGCAUUGAGGAUUGUACAUUAGCCGGACAUCAUACGGAGCAGCAUCAUCAUCAUCCGGUUGUGGUUGACAGUGAUAGUGAAUUCGAAAUGAAGGACAAGAGCUCGUCCCGGACCAAGUUCAGUCGGACAAUUUCGCUACAGCAGCGUAAUAUAAAGCAAAAAAUUGUUGCUCUAUUAAAGCGCUUCAAGGCCAGCGAGGAGCUUGAGGGUGAAUCGCAUCGUGGUACUGCGGCUUUGCGCGGUGAACGGGAUUUGGAUGCACUUUUCCAUGAGCUGGAAUCGUUGUCAUGCUGCGAGGGCGAUGACUCUGGGCCCGAUAUGGAUAGCAUAUCAAUUGGAUCGACGCCAAAGCCAUCAUUGCGUCCGUUCUUUACGAAUUCACGGAUUAUGCUGCACGACAGCAUCACCGGCAAUGGUGGAGGGCUAGGCGGAGGCGGCGUCGGCGGCGGAGCUGCGGGCAACUCUGAGCGCAGAUCAUCGGAUAAAAGCGACCAAUUGACCAAUUCAUCAUACAAUAUUGAAAAUAACAAAAACCAAAAAUGCAUUCAUUUAACAAACAAUAACAAUUCGGCAACAACACCAGAUCGCGGCGGUCAGGAUAGCUCUGGCAAUGAGGGCAAUGCCGAUGGCCAGAACUCCGAUCCCCAGAAUAGUCCUCCACGUGGAGACAAGGACUACAUGCGUGUGAACCAGCAGCAAUAUCAGCAAUUGACCCCAGUGAGCUCAGUGGCCACCAGCAUGGGUAGUGGCAAUCUGGUGACGCCAGCCCAGUCCGAGAAGCGUUCGCGUCUGUUUCGGACCACCAGCAACACGCAAAACAUAGUCCAGGGAAGUGGCAGUGGGGGCAAUAGCGGCACCAACAACACCAGUGGCGGCGGCGGGGGCAAGCGUAAGCAUACACUCAGCUUGAGCUCCGAGCCAAGAUCAGUGCUGGAGACGUGUCUGUCGCCCACCAAUGUGGAGCCACGAAAAAUGCUUCUCGAUCAACUGAGCCGGGAAUUCGCCGGUGAGGACAAUGCCAUACCCGAAGUGGUGACCAUUAUCAGUCCGCCAGAGGCAUUGGGUGGCAGUGGACUGCUGGCCAAGCUGGUAACACUUUUCGCCAACUCCUUUAAGCCGGCCUUUGUGCCGCAAAACACGGCCGAGGUUAAGGCCGUGCUGCAGGCUCUAAUGGCCAAGAUCCAGAAGUAUUGCAACUCAAAUGCCAAGCCACCGCAUACGGUCAAGGUGCUACUUAUUGGCGGCGAUUGGCUGCAGGGAGCCACUCUGCGUCACUAUGUGGAAUUGCUGGGUGUACGUCCGCCAGACUGGUUGAAUCAUCUGCGCUUCUAUCUGGUGCCCAUUGGCGGCAGCUGCGGCAGUGUGUCCCGCCAUCUCAGUCAGAUGGAUCAGACGUAUGCGGCCAUGUUUGGAUCCGACAAUUGGACGCAACUGUGCGAGAGGGCAGCUGCCACUGCGGCGGCAGUCAGCGCUGUGACCACGGUGAAUGCCACCGUUCUAACCGCCAAUCUAGCCGAUGCGGUGGGUGUGGCCAAGUCAGACAUUGCGGAGCUGGUGCAGCGUAUACAACGCUAUCUACAUGCAGCCGGGCCUUGCACUCAGAUACCCAUAGCAGAGGCUAUGGUUAACUACAAGGAUGAGGAUUCCUGUCAGAUCUUUGUGCCGUUUGUCAGCGAUGUACGCAUUGGCUAUCUCGAUGCCCAGGCAUCGCUGGAUCUUGAAGAGAAUAUGGCUGGCUCGAAUCAAGGUGGCAGUGGUGGAUCGUCUAGUCCAGCAAUUCCGAUUGGCAAUCAGAGCUCCUCCAAUGUACAUGGCAUGUUGUCCGGUUCGCCGCCCCAGCAGCAACAGCAACAGCUCAUGGGACGCAUUUCGCCGCCGUUGCAAACGCCUCCAUCGUCGGCUUCAUCACAUCGGGAACGCAUUGCCAGCGAAUCUCUAAGCACACCGUCAUCCUUGCAGCAACAGACAUUUAGCGGAUCUCUAGCUGGUUCACCUGCGGAAGCUGUGGAACUUCAAGUUGACUAUUGGCCCGUAGUGCGGCCAGGUGAGAUUCAUACAAAGGAAUCGAAGAGCGGCAUGUCCCGGGGCAGUGAGUCGGGCGGCGGAAAGAAUAGCAUUAAGAGUACGUUUAGAAAUCUGCAGGUGUGGCGACUGCCACAACAUGCACAGCAACUGGGUGAUAUGUCCAAUGGACUGACUGUUAGUUUUGCCACCAAGGAAAAGAAGCAGAAGCAAAUUAUGCGUCUGGGCAAAAAGAAGGACAAGGAACGUGAUCUCGAGAAGGAGCAGUGCGUAGAAGGCGUUGCACGCCUGAUUUGCUCACCCAAGCAAUCGCAUCCAGUACCACUUAGGGUCUUCAUCGAUGGCACCGAAUGGACUGGAGUGAAAUUCUUCCAGGUCUCCUCUCAAUGGCAAACUCAUGUCAAGAAUUUUCCCAUUGCCCUUAUAGGCUGCACUCCCAUGUCCUGUGCUGAAUUAUCCUAGUCAUUUACACACACACACACAAACAUACCUACAUAUACAUAUAGAGCAAGGAUGGCAGACACUUGCGCGGCAAUAAAUAUUUUAAACUGAAAA